AUGAAUGGCUGUCUCUCACUAAGGUACAGACACUCUGGACCAGGCCUGGCCUGUCCCCAGGAGUACCACCAGUGGCUCCCCUACCGCCAUGACUCCAGCCUUCUGCCCAUGAAAGAAGACCUGGCCUUCUGGCUCAACACCAUGAUGGGAGUGGACCUCACAGCAGAUAAUCUGAUGGAGAGUUUGGAUAAUGGCGUUCUGCUCUGUGAGCUGGCUCAGCUGCUGCAGGACAAGAUGAUGCACAACAACAAUGGCAAGGUCUUCACAAGAAGAGUGAUCCACUGGCGAGCUGAUGCAACUUCUGGAUCAUUUUUCGCCAGGGACAACACGGCCAACUUCCUCUACUGGUGUCGAAAGAUUGGUGUUGAUGAGGCUUACCUUUUCGAGUCUGAGGAUUUGGUCCUCCACAAGCAGCCUCGGGAGGUGUGCCUGUGCCUGAUGGAGCUGGGACGGAUUGCAGCCAGGUACGGCGUGGAGCCACCGGGGUUGGUUAAGUUGGAGAGCGAGAUGCAGAGGGAGGAGGCAGGGAGCUUAUCUCCAUCUCCUCGCUCAUCAAACAGGUCAACCAUCAGGAGGAGCUCCUGCACCAGCAUUUUGGAUGACUUUGUAAGAAACAUUAUUGAAAAUCCACCCUGCAGUUGUCCCAUCACCUUCCUGGUUGAGAAACAACCAAAGGGCUGUUACCGUGUUGGGGACAAAGUUCUUUAUAUACGAAUGCUGAAUGAGCGUCACGUGAUGGUACGAGUGGGUGGAGGAUGGGAGACUUUUAUGAGUUACCUGAAGAAACAUGACCCCUGCAGAGGAGGAGAAGGAGAAGGAGGAGCAGUGCUGGCAGGUAAAUCUGAGGUCAGGCUCUGUAAGGACAAACCAAAGCCACCCAACUUGAACAUCUCACCUGACAGUUACAUGGUGGUCGGAGCCCAUUAUCGUGGCAAGAAGUAA